GAGAUGGAGAACAAGGCCAUGUAUCUGAGUACAUAUGAAGAGAGAGAGAACGGCUCCAUGUAUGAAGAGGCCUACGAUGGACGCAACCUGUCUAAACUUAACCUAUGUGAUGAAGGGUCUGGAAAGCGUCGCAGGAAGCAGGAUCAGUGUUGCGGCCAUCUUAACUCCCUCUCAGCUAUCAAGUACGCCAUCGUCUCCCUCUACAUCCUGGUUCUUCUCACCAUCUUUGGACUCUGCCUGGCAGUGUCUCGCUCCCAGGUUUCUUCAGAGCGACAGGAGGUGCUGAUGGAGAACGUGACUCGGAUUUCGGAGCGUUCUCAGCUGCUUCAGCAAAACCUGGGAGAGGCGUCCACACAGGCCGACCUGCUGGAGAACAUCUGGAAACUGGAGAACCUCUUCCAGAACCACAGCGACUGGCUGCAGAGGCUGGAGAUCCUCAUCAAGGGUCUGGAGGUGGAGCUGAGGAACGUCCAGGCUAACUCCCUCCAGUCAGAGGGCUACCUGGUGCAGCUGGACGACAGACUGGCAUCUCUCAGUACCUCCGCCAACAGGAACCUCACAGGCUUGGGUGCAGAGGUGGCCCGAACCUCCAUCUGGCUCCGCAACCAUGACAUCCUGUUCAGGGAAACCUCAGGGCACGUGAGCGGGCUGAGAGAGAAACUGGACGAGGUUAACUGGACAGUGGGAGCUGUCAAUCACACCUUCAGCAAUGACAUCAGUGUCCACCACUUGAAAAUACAGGACUUGCAGAUCCAGAUCAGCAACAUCACAGAGGACACCUCCAGUUUGUGGGUGACCCACGUCCACACGGAGGCCCAGCUGAGGAACGAGAUGGAGAUCCUCAACACAAUCACAGAGGACCUCCGCCUGAAGGACUGGGAGCACUCCAUGACCCUGAAGAACCUCACCAUAUUAGAAGGGCCUCCUGGGCCAAAAGGAGAGAAGGGUGAUACUGGUCCAUUUGGGCCACCUGGGGCCCCUGGAUUGACUGGCUUAAGAGGGUUUACAGGAGAAAAAGGCAUCCAGGGCCCUCGAGGUAUUAAAGGGUCGACUGGGGUCGGCGGCGGUGAGGGAGAAAAAGGAGAAGUUGGACCUAUUGGGCCUAAAGGUGACAGAGGAGAAAGAGGGAUGAAAGGGGAGAAGGGUGAUCGAGGAGACAGGGGCGAGAAAACAGUGGAGGAGACCCUGGUGCGGCUGGUGAAUGGGUCAGGUCCUCACGAGGGUCGCGUGGAGGUUUUCCAUGAACGCCGCUGGGGGACGGUGUGUGACGACGUCUGGGAUAAAAAGGAUGGGGAUGUGGUCUGUAGGAUGCUGGGAUACAGAGGAGCCACUGAGGUUCAUAAGACCGGACGCUUCGGACAAGGUACUGGUCUGAUCUGGAUGGAUGAUGUGGCGUGUACAGGGAUUGAAGACACCAUCCACCAGUGUAAGUUCUCUGGUUGGGGCAAAACCAACUGUGGCCACGUGGAGGACGCUGGUGUGACUUGUGCCAUCUAAAACCCUCAUGAUCCUGUAAUUGCUACAGCAGCCAAACAUCCCCUCAAACAAGUGCCUUCAACUUUAAAGAAGAUACAAGGUGGACAUCUUCCAAACAUUUGUCCAAGAGGUGGCGUAUUAGCUGUGUGUUGCUUGUUUUACCUGCAAAAAGUGCCACCUCAC